AUGGCCGGAAUCCGUUUGCAACCGGAGGACUCCGACGUUUCGCAACAAACGCGAGCUGUUGCCCUAUCCGCCGUCGAUCUGGUCUCCGACGACGACCGCUCCAUCGCCGCUGACUCAUGGUCCAUCAAGAGCGAGUACGGAAGCACUCUCGAUGACGAUCAGCGCCAUGCCGAUGCCGCUGAAGCUCUCUCUAAUGCCAACUUCCGUGCAACCUCAGAUUACAGUUCUGACAAGGAUGAACCUGACUCUGAAGCAGUCUCAUCAAUGCUGGGAUUUCAGAGUUACUGGGAUGCUGCAUAUACAGACGAGCUUGCAAAUUUUCGUGAACAUGGUCAUGCUGGUGAAGUUUGGUUCGGCGAUGAUGUGAUGGAGGUAGUUGCAUCUUGGACAAAGACAUUGUGCAUUGACAUUUCUCAAGGCCGCAUUCCAAAUCAUGUUGACGGUGUUAAGGGGGAAGCUGGUGAACUAGGUGAUAAACUUUUGUCUAGUUGGAAUGUACUUGACAUUGGGACUGGCAAUGGUUUGCUUCUCCAAGAAUUAGCUAAACAAGGGUUCUCUGAUUUAACUGGAACUGAUUAUAGUGAACGAGGCAUCAACCUUGCCCAAAGCCUUGCUAACCGUGAUGGGUUUCCCAACAUCAAAUUUUUGGUUGAUGAUGUCCUUGAAACUAAGUUGGAACAAGUGUUUCAACUUGUCAUGGAUAAAGGAACACUUGAUGCUAUUGGAUUGCAUCCUGAUGGUCCUGUCAAGAGAAUGAUGUAUUGGGAUUCUGUUUCAAGGCUGGUUGCUUCUGGUGGAAUACUUGUGAUCACAUCUUGCAACAGUACGAAGGAUGAGUUGUUACAAGAAGUGGAAAGUUUCAACCAAAGAAAAAGCGCUACUGCCCCGGAACUUGAGGUAGCCAAGGAUGAUGAAUCAUGCAGAGAACCUCUAUUUCGAUAUGUUAAUCAUGUCCGCACAUAUCCAACAUUCAUGUUCGGUGGAUCCGUAGGCUCCCGCGUUGCCACCGUGGCAUUUCUUCGGAAAUGA